GGUGCUUCCUCUAGUGGGGCGGCGUUGCUAGCAGGCGGAUACCUCCGGCGAAGAUGGGGAAAGUGAGGGCGCUGCGGGCUCGUGUUCACCGGGCGGCCGUGAGGCCCGACGGGGAGGCUGCACCCGGCCCUGUGCCCCGUGCCUUGGAACCCGCUCUCCCACAAGUCUCCGCCGGCGGAGCGGGGGCGAAGGACUGGGCAUUCGUUCACAAUGACAUCUUUGCCAGAACACAGAUAGACCCUAGUGCGUUGGUGCAGAGGCUGGAGCUGGACCAGAAGAGUGUGGUGUCCCUAAAGAGAGGUGCAGAGCCAAAGGCCAUUUUGCCUAAGAAGGAGAAACUGAAGCUUCGCCGUGAGCGAUGGCUACAGAAAAUUGAAGCCAUAAAGCUGGCAGAGCAGAAGCUCAGGGAGGAGCGAAAGCGCAAGGCCAUGGUGGUGGUCGGCGACCUGCACCCCCUGAGGGACGCCCUACCUGAGCUGCAGGAACUGGAGGCCAGCCGCCAGCAGCAGCAAGCCAGACGCAGGGUGACCAGCAAGCCCAGGCCAGUGGAGCUUAGCCGAAUGAGCGCAGCCCAGAGACAGCAGCUUCUUGAGGAAGAAAGGACCCGGUUUCAGAAGCUGCUGGCCAGCCCAGCCUACAGAGCCAGUCCCCUGCUGGCCAUCGGGCAGCAGCUGGCACACCAGAUGCAGCUGGAGGGUGGCGAACAUCUCUGACCAACCCUGACAGUGUGUGCUGUGAGGUCCAGAGGGCUCACAUGUGGGUGCCUGUGCCAGCAGCUCUUGAAUCCUGUCCCGCACCUGCAUGGCCGCCUCGUCAGCCAUGAGACCUAGGGGAGGCAAGCAAGAGCUGCCGGUGGAGACAAAUAAAAUGACUAUGGACUGUGCCUUCCAUGGCCCAGAGCCCAUCUGUGGCUUCACUUCCCUCUUACAGCUAGCCACUCCUGUGUUUCCAAGGCUAAGCUGACCCGGGGACAAGUCUGAGGUCUCUACAGAACAAGCCCAGGGUCCCCAGCGAGAGGUCACAGUUGGCGUGGUUGCUCCUGUGGGGGUCUGCAAGAGCCGUACCAGUGUGAAACUAGAGCCCUGUCAAGGCGCUGGAUCCCUGAGGCCUCGGUGCUCCUUCCCUGCUGUGUGGGAUCCUGGUCCCGGCAGGGUGCUCCUUCCCUGCUGUGUGGGAUCCUGGUCCCGGCAGGGUGCUCCGCCAGCCACCUUGCUUCUCACACCGUUUGCCUUCAGCCACAGCUUCUUGUGGCUCUGACCUCUCUCAGCCCAAGUGUCUCACUGCCUUUUCCUGCUCUGACCAGAGAAACAGAUGGUCCUGCCUGGAGGCAGAACAGCCCGGCCGGGGUCUCUUGUCUGGGACAAGAUAGACCUGUGUCAGGCACCAGUGGGUUCUCAGGGCAGCACCCACAUGUCCCCUGGCUCACACGGACCCACGUUCCAUCCUACACCUGGGCAUGCUUAUGGUGCUGCUAGCCCCCCUCCCCCCUUGGUGCUCCCCAGCCCUGUGAGUGGGGAGCAGGCAGAACAGGCCUGGAAUGGACCUAGGGCACUUGGUGAAUGGAAGUAGGUAAGACCAAAUAGGCCUCAACUUGGUGAUGCAGAAGCAGGCAGAUCCUUGAGUUCAAGGUCAGCCUGGUCUGCAGUGAGUUCCAGGACAGCCAGGGCUAC